UUUCAGGAAUUUAGAGAGUAAUUGGCGAGAAUGUUAAGCUAAUUGGUUAUCAGGUGGCUUUGUUCUGUUUGUCGGUCACCAUGUGGUUAUGUCUCGGAUACGAUUUGAAUAUUUAUUUAUAAUCCUCACUGUUUUCUACAUUGGCACUCUUCUUCAACUCUUAUACUAUCCACUUCAUUCAUCGUUUGCACAUCCCAAUUUGCGCCAAUUAAAGUAUGAAGUGAAAGGUUUGGAAAAACUUUUGCAAGAGGGUGAAAAUGAAAUUGCAUCACUUCGGAAGAAACUUGGUAAGAUUGAAAAGAAGAGUACUAGUAUUAAACGAGCAGUGCAGCCUUAUCAUAUGUCAUUGUCGCGUAAGUUUGAACAGUCUCUUGAACGUCCAUCAGAUGACGGAUGGCCACAUCAAAUUCCUGUCCUGGUAUUUAUAUGCAAUCGUCCGAAGGCAAUUUACAAUCAUCUGAAAAAAUUACUCAGGUAUCGAUCAUCAGUUGAAAAAUUCCCGAUAAUAGUGAGUCAUGACUGUGACGAUUCGAGCGUCAAAGAGGUUGUUGAGAAAUUUGAUACCGAAGUGAUUUAUAUUAAACACUUGAGCAGUCGGAAUGCUCAUAUCACAGUAAUUCCGGAACAUAAACGUUACAUUACUUAUUACCGGAUAGCACGACAUUAUAAACUCGGUCUGUCAUACGUAUUCGAUAAGCUCAAUCAUUCCAGUGUUAUCAUCACUGAAGAUGACUUGGAUAUAGCACCAGAUUUUUUCGAAUACUUUAGUGCUACACGUCCACUUUUGGAUGCUGACAAAACUUUGUAUUGCGUAUCGGCUUGGAAUGAUAACGGUAAAGCUUAUCUGAUUGAUAAGAAACAACCGGAAUUGCUAUAUCGCAGCGAUUUUUUUCCUGGACUCGGAUGGAUGAUGACCAAGGAAUUGUGGGAUGAAUUGGGUCCUAUUUGGCCAGAUGGAUUCUGGGAUGACUGGAUACGUAACAAUACGAUACGUAAAAAUCGAGCUUGCAUUAGACCUGAAAUAUCACGCACCGGGAUGACUACUGAAGGGAAGAAGGGUGCAAGCAAGGGAUUAUUUUUCACGCAGCAUCUCGCCAAAAUAUUUCUCAGUGAAGUUUUUGUAAAUUUCACGAAAUUGAAUUUACGCUAUUUGAUUAAAGAUAAUUAUGAUCGUGCUUUCCUGAAACAGGUAUAUUCGGCACCUCUCGUCUCAUCAGCAGAACUGUUGAUGGAAGCUAUCAUCUUGGGUAAUGAUACCUUACGCAUCCAAUAUACGACAUUAGGGAAUUAUCUUCAAAUUGCUGAUUACUUGAAAAUAAUGCGAGAUUUCAAGGAUGGAGUACCACGGACAGCCUAUUUGGGUGUGAUAACGUGUUUCAUCAACGGAGCACGGGUAUACAUAGCACCAGAUUGGAACAUUUGGUCAGGAUACAAUCCAAAUUGGGAAGCAUCAUCUGAAUAGGAUAUGAUAUUUCGAUGUAAACCUCAUUGUUUUAUUCUCCCAAUAGGUUUCCGGUUUUUCUAGCUUUAUUUUAUCCUAUCUUCUCUCAACAAAUCGGUUUUCAUCUGUAAUAACGGAUUUUGCUCUUUUUUAUACAUUUUGUAUUAUGCGCUAAUUUUCUCUUUUAUGGAAAUAUUUUAAUUAACAUUUUUAUAUUUCGGGAAUAUUUUAGGACAGUUAGGUUGAGUAUAUAGGGUAGUUUGUUUAAGUAAGGUUUGCG